AUGAACAACAACGAAAGGGUUUUAUGGUGGUUGUAUAACUGCCUCGGUGGUGUAGUGGCUAGCAUGUACGGCUGCACACCCGGAGGUCCUGGGUUCGAGUCCCGGGUUGGGCCAAGUUUAGUUAUUGAGUCUUUCUGUAUAGUAAGCCUCAGUAACAGCCCGGAGUUGGGAAGUUGGCGGUGUUUCACCCCCGUGCCUCGGAGAGCACGUAAAGCCGUCCGUCCUGCGCCU